GCGCUGAAGACUUCAGGUCCUGUUUCUGGAAAAAAAGAAUUGCCAGGCAGACAAAAGGUGCGGCACGCUCUAGCCAGACGCAUGGAUACGCAUGGCAUGUGCAAAAGCACCUGAAGUGUUUGCUUGACUCAUUGCAUUUGGUUCAUCAGCUUGGGGAUGGCGAGCAUGGCGUACCGGGGCAUACUUCAAGAGGUCAGGGCAGAGCAUGAGAACGAUGAGAACAUACAGCCAGCCACCCCUGCCAACAUCCAGGACUCCAAGGACAGGCCAACUGACGAUGAUCGUGUCCGCUUUGGCUUCAAGCCCAAGACCCCGCCGCCAGUGACAAAGGGGGCCGUGCAUGAUGGUUCCCAGAAGGCAGCAGUAUCUGCAGGGACACCACCACCACCACCACCACCUUUGCCAACAGGGGCGAAAGCAUUUGAUGUCCAUACUUUGCUGCGGAGAACUAUUGGGGAUCCUGACGAUGUGCUAGCCGUACUUAAACUGAAACCCACUGCUGGCAAAUACGACUUCAAAGACAAAAUUGCAGAUCUUCAAGCAAUGAUUUGCCCAUUGAAAAACGCGCUGUCGGAUCAACGGCUCAAAGCAAAAGCGUUGGUUGAUGCAUUGCUGAGCAUGGAGAGUGGCAUAAACAACCAGUUACAAACUUCAGCACAAGAGGUGGUGAUGCUGCGAAAAGCCGUGAGUGAGGCCAACGAGCGAUUGUGCUUCGCAGACAAGGAAAUCACAGCGCUUCGCACUGAGCAAAAGCAACUUCGAUGCAGUACUGAAGAAGGAAAACGGCAUGAGGAGUUGUUGGGGGAGAAACUCUCUGAAAUGUCAAGCCGAACAUCAAGAUUAGAACAGGACUUAGAAGAAGCCAGGAAGAUUGCCCGAAGCUACUCUGAAGAUGCAGCUAAAUACAAGCGAAGGUGCGAAGAGAUGGGAGAAAAGCACAAGACACAGAUGGAAGAGGCCGCAGAAUUGCUAAGGCGGCAGGUAAAUGAUACCAUGCAGGCUCAGGAACAGCUGGUUGAAGCACAUCACAAGAAAGAAGUUACCUUGCGAGCCGAAUUUGAAAAGGCCAAAGAAGCAAAAAAACAAGAGCACAAGCAGCAGCUGGAUGAGUUGAAAGAAGUCCUCCGCAUGAAGGAGAGCGAGAUGCAGGCCAAUACUGAUGCACUCAGAGACUACUACAAAAAGAUCAUGCAUGAAAAAGAUGCCCUUUUGCGGAACAAGGAGUCUGAGAUGAAAACGACUAUUAGUGACAUGGAGCAGACCUAUCAGGCUGCCAUUGAAGAGAGGGAGGGAACACUUGAAGAGCAGGAGAACCGCAUGAAGAACUGCAUUGAGACUUUGCAGAAGAAGCACGAAGUGACUCUACGGGAACUGAUGCAACGCCAACAGCAGAAGGAAGACAAGAUGAGAAGCUCGAUGGACAACUUGAAAGAAACACAUGAAGCCCUGCUGCAAGAAGCGGUGGCAGGCCACCGGCAGAAGGAGGCGGAGAUGAGCCUUAGCAUUGAUGAGCUCAAGCGAGCUCAUCAAGCAGAACUGAAAGAGAAGGAGCACAAGAUGAAAGAAAGCAUUGAAGUCUUGAGAGAUACUCAAGAGGCGGCAUUGAGGGAAAUGGAAUCUGUUCACAAGCAGAAGGAGACCGAGCUCAGAGAAUUCGUUGAGAGCUUGCAAAGAACGCACAAAAGAGUACUAGAUGAGAAGGACAUGGCGCAUGAGCAGAAGGACGAAUGGACGGAAUGCAAAGAAGUGAGGAAAAGAGGGGAUCAGACAAAGCGUUUUCUUCGCACAUUUUGCACUCAGCUUCCUCACUCGAAGGAUGCAGCUCAAAAGCAGGCGGUCAAAAUGUUGGAGCAGCAACUCUCAGACAAGGAAUCAGAAGUGAGAAGCCGCAUCUCCAAUCUUGAGCAGAAUCAGCAGCGAGCCGUCGACGAAAUUGAGAAGUCAUUUCGGCUGAAGGAGGAAGCUGCUGAACGUGCAGCUUCAGAAUCGGCUGCCUUUUUGAGACAGCAGGAAACCUCGUUGCGGGAAAUGGUCCACUCCCUCCAACGCCAGCUUGACGAAAAGGAAGCCAACUUGCGCGACACAAUUCAGUCGAUGCAGCUCCUCCAAAACGCUUCAAGUGAACAGCUACGGUUGGAGCAGCAGCGUGUGCAGAGGUUGGAAACAGAGGCAGAAGAUCUGCGCAAUCGCUCCAUCGCAAAUUUGCAGAGGGCUGAUCAAUCAGAGGCGGAGCUGGUUUCCACGAGGCACCAAAUGCACGAUCUUCAAGAGAGGGAGCAGCAGCGUAUCCAACGAUUGGAAACCGAAAAGGAGCAGCUGGCUGAAAAGGCUUCUGAGCGGCAGGCUGCCUUGCAGGAGGAACUCAUCCGACUCAAGAUGCUAGCAAAAAGGUUUGAAGAGGAGGCUAUCAGCCUCAAAGCCUCAGUUGAUGCAAAGCAGGCUCAAUGUGAAAAACUCUCGAUGGAGCGUGAUGCCUUGAAGGUGGAGUUUCGCAGCUACAAAGAGCACCACGGGACCAGCAACCAACAGCAGAUGGAAGCGAUCACCGAGUUGAAACUUACAGUCGAUAAACUGAGCAAGCAGGUGGAUUUCACGAAAGCCGAGCUGCAGAUUCAGCAGGGCAACCUUACCCAACGCCAAGGCUACAUUAUUUCCUUGGAGAAUCAGUUGGCCCAAGCUGAGCUUACUCGGCGUGAGCUGCACAAUGUGAUUCAGGAGCUGAAAGGCAACAUUCGAGUCUUUUGCCGGAUCCGACCACAGCUUGAGAACAGAGACUCUUUGAGUCUGCAGGUUUCAGAGAACCGGAUUGCUUUGGAUCACAUGAGCGAGUCCUACACCUUUGGCUUUGACCGUGUUUUUGAUACUACAUCAACCCAGGAGGCGAUUUUUGAUGAAGUUGACGGCCUUGUCCAAUCCGCAUUGGAUGGGUACAAAGUUUGCAUUUUCGCGUAUGGUCAGACAGGCUCUGGCAAGACAUUCACAAUGCAAGGAUCUGAAGGGGCUAGAGGUCUGAUACCUCGCUGCUUGUCAAAGAUCCUUCAGUGCUCGGAGGCAAUGAGAGCAGCAGGAUGGGAAUGGACUUUGAAAGUAUCUUUCCUUGAGGUGUACAACGAGGUUCUUCGCGACUUGUUGGACAAUGAUGGAAGCAAUCUGGUUCAUGUGAUCAAGCACGAUGAUGCAUAUGGCACCAUGGUGACAAACGUCACGUCCGUGGAGGUGAAGCAAAUGGAUCACAUCAAUAGGCUCAUGGAAAGAGCUGGAAAGGCUCGAGCAGUUGGUGCGACUGACAUGAAUGCGACCUCUUCCCGGUCACACUCAAUCUUCGCUAUGUACUUACACGGCGUGAAUCGUGAGCUUCAGUGUGAACUUCAGGGAGCACUGCAUUUGGUGGACUUGGCCGGCUCUGAGCGACUGGACAAGUCUGGCUCCACAGGGGAUCGGCUCAAAGAAACUCAGAACAUCAACAAGAGUUUGUCAAGCUUGGCCGAUGUUUUCCUUGCAAAAGCUGAGGGGCGCUCUCACAUCCCAUUUCGAAAUAGCAAGCUGACGCACUUAAUGGAGCCUUGCUUAAAUGGCCAGGGCAAAACCCUGAUGGUUGUCAAUGUCGGUCCAGAGGCAAUGCAUGCCCAUGAGACACUUUGCUCCUUGAGAUUUGCAGCGCAGGUGAGUCAGUGCACCACUGGUGGCAAGCCGAAGCGCUGUUUGCGGUCUGCGCCGCCCAAAUCAAAUACGGGAAGCUGCAGGCAAGCUGCAGCUUCCUCCCGGCGUGGGAAAUAGCAGCGCCCGGUUGUAGAUAUGAUACAUUUGAAUUCACUGCAGGCCCCUAGGCUUAGCAUGUCCUCCUCUUGCAGAAUGUGCAGUUCUUAUCCAAUUAAUUUGAAUGCAGCGCACGCCACUUGAAGCCUGUGGCUGGAGGGGGCGAUCCCUCCUUGUGAAGAGCCCAGGGUCAAGAAAUUCAUUCGUGCAUUCAUUGAAUUUCAUUGUCACCCUCAUCAGAUGUGGAGUAAGCAAGCCAAAUGCUUUCCGCACAUUCAUCUGCAAGCUGCAGUGCACUUUGUGAACCACCAAAGGUGUCAGGG